CGUGCAGGCGAUCUCACUGAUCUCUAUGUAUAAAGGCUGGGGCCCUAUUCCGAGCCACCGUCGAGCGCCACCGACAGCGUCGAAAGAGGAGCGUCGGUAGAGAGCGAUCGCGACCGCAGCGAACGACACCUGCCUACUUUGGUAUUCUCUUGUCACUUCUAACGAGCGCGCGCUUGCCUUGUUGACUGUCGUUCGGCUUGGCUCCACCCAUUCACGCGCUUGACGUCAUUCUCGAGCGCCCGACACACAGUUGAAACGUCUGGGAACGAGUCACGCGCUCUUAGCCAAUUGCGCAGCAAGAAGAUAAUCACGUGGAGUGCCGCUUGUUUUGAAGCAGACGACAAAUUAAACCGGUGAAAAUGGAGCAAAAGUGUCGUGCUUCUCGGCCAACGCACGACCAAUUUGAAAUUAUGUUACAUUUUAUGAUGGAGCACCGCAAUUUAUUCACGGGCGUUUUGUCGCCGUCCUACACGCACUUAGACAGGCAAAAGGAGUGGACGGAACUAGCCGCGAUGUUGAACUCCAGCGGAGGGGCUGUCAAGACUGUUGACAAGUGGAGAAAAACAUGGACGGACUGGAAGAGUUCGACAAAAUCAAAGGCGGCGCGCAUCGCGCAGCACUCUAGGGGAACGGGUUGGGGCCCACCACCAAAAGAGUCCCUGACGUCACUCGAAGAGCAGCUUGCCUCCAUGAUUGGGCAAACUGCAACGAGUGGCAUACAAGGCACGGAAGAGUUUGGUGUUAGCAGGCCACCCUCUCCAGCCCCAGUGAAUACGGCCGACGUGGAGGUGGCCGCUGCUGAGUGUGAAGUUCAGGCAGAAGGCACGGAGCAUGUUACUUCAUCAAGUGAGUUCCAAUUGCCAGAAAUGCCGGGGCCACCAACAGAACUCCCAGAUUCAUCCGCCAGGGAUAGGAAUGGGAGGAGACGACGGCAACGCCAGCAGAGGCAGCGGCGAGCCCAUACUCCUCAUGACUAUGGACAAAUGUUCUUGACACAGCAGAGGCUGCAACAGGAGACACUAGCAUCCCUUGCUGGAUAUCUUGAGCGCAUAGCUGCAGCUACAGAGAGACAGACUGCAGUACUGGAGGCAUUUUAUUCAAGUGUAACUUUUCAUUCAAUGUAGUAAGUGGUGUGCAUCCAUUUACAACACAUGUUUGAGCAAUGUAACAGAAGAG